UUUGAGGCCUAUAGGGGGAUUAUAGUUUGACUUUUUCUCAUUUAGAGAGAAAAAGCAGUGGAUUGGACCAGACACCAGAGAGAGGGUGAAGGACUGGCACAAGUAAACACUUCAAUCUCAAGUCUUGACAGUAAAUAGUUCCAUCCAACAGUUCAGAGGAAAAGAGGCUGCUGGAUCAUGGACGCGGCUGUCCACUCAAGCAGGAAGAAGCUGACGUUUACCAUUGACAGCAUUCUGAGCGGAGGAGGGCCCGAGAGAGGGGAGAGGACCGACAUUUCCACCACUACAGUCCCUCAUCUUUUAGAAGCAAACAAAGGGGAUAUAGGAGCAGGGGCUGUCUCAGCAGUGAACCAUCCAGAUGCUCUUCAACCAACAUGCAUCUGCUGCUUGUGCUGCCAGUGUGGGGAGAUGCUGCAUACAGACUGUGUCCCAGCAACACCUUGCCCAUUCUCCUGGGCCAAGCAGUGGUAUGCUGAGGCACAUGUGGUCGAGGAAGGUUCCGGAGCAUUGCACUUGGGGCAGAUUCAGAGACGCAUGCGGAGACACCGCACCAUCUUCACCGAGGAGCAGCUCGAUGCCCUUGAGGAACUGUUUCUGCAGAACCAGUACCCUGACAUCAACACUCGUGAACAGCUGGCUCAACGCACUCACCUGCGUGAGGAAAGGGUGGAGGUAUGGUUUAAAAAUCGAAGAGCAAAGUGGAGAAGGCAGAGAAGGCACUCAUUCGGCCUGCAAGACCAAGCACACUGGAGAUCUGACCUCUAGACUGCAUAACACGAUUAAAAUGUUUACAUUUCUUAA